UUCUCUCAGCGAAGGAAGAAGAACAGCAGAAGGUGAUUGGGAGGGGAGGAAGGAGCUGGUAAUAUGGAGUCUGUUCGAAGUCUUCUGCUUUUGAUUUCCUUGUUUCCCGCAAUUGCCAAUGGUUUGACUCGGCAUUACAAGUUCAAUAUUGUGACGAGAAAUGCGACCCGGCUUUGCUCGACCAAGCCCAUUGUCACCGUGAACGGGCAGUUCCCGGGGCCGACGCUAUCAGCCCGAGAAGGCGACAACGUGCUCGUGAAGGUAGUCAACCAUGUCAAGUAUAAUGUUACAAUCCACUGGCAUGGAGUAAAGCAGAUCCGAACAGGGUGGGCUGACGGACCUGCAUACAUCACACAGUGCCCAAUCCAACCCGGACAGAGCUACGUCUACAACUUCACCCUCACCGGCCAAAGAGGGACUCUUUGGUACCACGCCCAUAUCCUGUGGCUUAGAGCCACCGUCCAUGGCGCCAUCGUUAUCAAGCCUAAGCUCCACGUCCCUUAUCCCUUCCCCAAUCCCCAUCAAGAGCUCGUCCUCAUCUUAGGCGAAUGGUGGAAGGCCGACACAGAGGCGGUGAUAAAUCAGGCAACGAAAACCGGCCAAGCUCCCAACAUCUCCGAUGCACACACCAUCAACGGCCAUCCCGGACCAAUUUCUACUUGUGUUUCUCCACAAGAUGGUUACAAAUUGCAGGUGAACAGAGGUAAAACAUACCUGCUCCGAAUCGUCAACGCUGCACUCAACGAGGACCUGUUCUUCAAGGUAGCCGGGCACAAGCUCACCGUGGUGGAGGUCGACGCCGUCUACACAAAACCAUUCAUUGUCGACACGGUGCUGAUCACCCCAGGCCAAACCACCAACGUCCUCCUUACCACAGACAAAAGCUCAGGCAACUACCUCGUCACCGCCUCCACAUUCAUGGACGCCAUGAUCAUUGCGGUCGACAACCAUACCGCAACCGCCACCUUGCAGUAUAAAGGCACUCUUGCCACUUCUCCCCUCAGCACCGUCGAAGUGCCUCAGAGGAACGCCACCCCGCUUGCCACUAGCUUCGCCGACUCUCUCCGCAGCCUCAACUCCAAAACAUAUCCCGCCAAUGUCCCUCAGAACGUCGACCACUCCCUUCUUUUCACCAUCGGGCUUGGCAUAAACCCCUGCCCGACUUGUAUCAACGGCAGCCGCGUCGUGGCGGCAAUCAACAAUGUUAGCUUUGUGAUGCCGGAAAUGGCUUUACUUGAGGCGCAUUUCUUCAAUAAGCAAGGAGUCUUUACAACGGACUUCCCCGGGAAGCCACCGGUGGCAUUCAACUACACGGGGAGCGGCCCAACGAACUUGCAGACAACGAACGGGACAAGAUUGUAUCGCAUCGCCUACAACUCGACGGUGCAGGUGGUGUUACAGGACACGGGGAUCAUUGCGCCGGAGAGCCACCCCAUUCAUUUGCACGGCUUCAAUUUCUUUGUGGUUGGGCAAGGGGUUGGGAACUAUGACCCCAAGACCUCGCCUUCCAAGUUUAACCUCGUGGACCCGAUUGAAAGGAAUACAAUCGGCAUGCCGUCCGGUGGCUGGGCGGCUAUUAGAUUCAAAGCAGACAACCCAGGGGUUUGGUUCUUGCACUGCCAUUUUGAGGUGCACACGAGUUGGGGGCUGAAGAUGGCCUUCUUGGUGGAGGAUGGAGAGGGGGCCAAUGAGUCCCUGUUGCCGCCGCCCAGUGAUCUUCCAAAGUGUUAGCUUGGCCUGAGACACGCUCAAGAGGAGAGAAUCACUUCUUUGAGCUCGGAGACGGAGAUGAAAAUUAUUAGGGCUUUCAGUUUGUUUAGGUUUGAGAGUGGAGUGAAAGAAGCUGGAAAGCAGAAAUCAAUAAUAAGUUUGUUUUCAGAGAUUUCAAUGUUUUGUUUCUUUUCAUUACAUUUGUAGAUAAUUCAGAAAAGAU